GACGAAAGCCACUCCAUCUUCACCAACUCACUCAAAACCACGUAUGAGGCAUCUGCCAUUCCGCGUGGCAACUUGUUCCCCUGUACGGGCUCACGCCGCAUCAAAAUGGAGCUUCGGGAGCUUCGCCGGUCGUCGACGACACCUGUCCAGUCGCAAACCCGAGGGCGACGACCAACCCCUGAGAAUCCUCUUCUGCGGCACCGACCAGUUCAGCGUGGCUUCGCUGCAGGCGCUGGAGAAGUACUCCCGGACGCCCGAGAGUAAUAUCCUCUCCAUUGACGUCGUGACCAAGACCGACAAGCGCGUCGGCCGGGGCCGCAAGCUCGUGCGGCCACCGGCCAUCAAGCCCGCCGCACAGGACCUGGGGCUGCGAGUGCACCAGAUCGACACGUUCACGGGCUGGAGCCCUCCCGCGUUCGGCGACGCGGGCUCCCCGUCCUGCUGCAAUCUGGUCGUCGCCGUCUCGUUCGGGCUGCUGAUCCCGCCUCGCAUCCUGCGGUCCGCGGCGUACGGGGGUCUGAACGUCCACCCUUCGCUGCUUCCCGACCUGCGCGGCCCGGCGCCGAUCCAAUGGGCCCUCAUCACCGGCCGGCGGAGGACCGGCGUGUCGCUGCAGACCCUGCACCCGACCCGCUUCGACGAGGGGAUCGUGCUCGACCAGACGCCGCCGCCGGGCCUGGACAUUCCGCGCCCCGACGAGAUCACUGCCGAAGAGCUCACGGCCUACCUAGCCCCCAUCGGGGCCAAGAUGCUGGUCGAUGCCGUCCGGAACCGUCUGUACGUCCCGCCUUACAGGGCCGUCCAAUUCAGCAGUGUCCCGGGCGUGGACUUGACGCAUGCGCCCAAGGUCACCAACGAACUUUGCGCCGUCGACUUUGAGGCGCUCCCGAAAUCCGCGAUUCUGAGGCGUAACCGUGCACUUCAGUCUCUUCACGGCUUUGUGCGGUUCGGCCCCGACCCAAGCCAGGUGCUCCGCAUCAAUUUCGGGGCAGACAUCAGAGACGUCAAAGAUGGAGAUAUCCCAGAAGAAGUCAGGGGUGCAGCGGAAGCAAUGCCGAAUGGUAUUCCCUACGCAAUUGUCCCGACACACGAAAAUGUCAAUGAGAGCUCGAAACCUCUAAUCAUCAACGCGCGAUUAGACAAGUAUCAUGAGGGUCGCCAAGUUGUCAUUCCGCUAAUCACUGUCUCGUCUCGGGCAAAAGGCCCAGGUGCAGGAGCGGCCGCCCGCGCAAAAUUCUUCUCAGAGCCUGAAGUGUUUGGCCGGUUUAAGUUAUAUCGCUUCUCCCACCCUAUAUCCGGACUACCUGAGCCACCCUUUGUCGAGAUCCAUGGCAACACCAUCCGCACUUAACCCUAGCGGUCUAUCGAAUGACAAGACCAGAAUCUGGCUUUUGUCAGCGACUUGUUUGGGCAGGAAGGGCACAAUCCGGAACUUACCAACGACAAUCUCCUGGCCGGUGAUGGACGUGUUCUUCGCAAGGGAGAUAUAGGCGUCUGCGCAAUCGUCGAGCAGAGUCUGAAAAGAUUGUCAGUUGGGCGGAUGGAUUGUUGAGAAGAGAACACACCUCUUGUUUGAGGGCAGCGGCGUUCUUAACAGCCUUGAUGCGCUCAUCGCUGUACCUUAGGCCCUAUCGCAGGUGUCAAUGCCAUGUCUGUUUUGCCCUCGGCAGUGUAAGCAGAGGAAGACCAACCCAUUCCGUUAGAAGAAGACCCGGAAGGACGGCAUUAAUGCGGAUCUUUGGGCCUUGUGUGGUGGCAAGGCAUUUCAUCAAAUGGAGACCUGCGGCUUUGGUAACCGAAUAGCCCAUGCUACUGCCCGAACAGCUUAUUCCCUGGACAAACAUCAGCAUACGCUCUGGCCCGAGGAAUGAUCAACCUACCGCAACAGACGAGGAGAUGAUGAAAGCACCGCCAUCCGGGUUCUUGUUGAAGAUUGGGGCAGCUUCCUGCAACAAGACCAGGUGGGACAUGACGUUGGUGGCCCAACACUAGGACCGUGAGCCAAAGAGCGACUAAUCAUUGAUCAUCAUACCUUGUUCCAUUCAUCAUGGCUCAUAUCAUUGAUGUCGCCAAAGUUGGUGAACCUCGUCCAGCCAGCAUUGUUGAUGAUGAUGUCGAGUCCUCCCAGUUGCUGAGCACUCUCUUUCACCAGGCGAACGGUGUCACCGACGGCUCCAAUGUCCUGGCCAAUGUCCUGUCAGAAUUGCAACUCGUUGCGGGCUUCGACAGGUAGCUAAGCAUCCUUACGGCCUGAAUUACAACAGCCUUGACCCCAAAUCCCUUACACUUCUCGGCGACCUGAUCGGCUCUGUCUUUGCUGCUGACAUAGUUUACCACAAUGUUGGAUCCUUCUGCUGCGAACUUCUCACAGAUCAGCGCCCCGAGACCUCUGGCGUCUAGCCGUUAGUGAAAUGUGUAGCGUUUUCCGGGGCUGAUCGAGGGCUUGCCUAGAUCCUCCUGUCACCAAGACAUUGCGGCCUUUGAGAGAGUAUGGCAUAUUGCUGGGAGUAAAAUGGUUAGGCUUCUUUGUAGAGGACUGGUCUCGGGAUCUGAUUGCAAGGUCAAUCGUCCAACUUUCGGAGAGAAUAUAAUGAUCUUAUAGAAGAAGACAAAGCUGUUAAUCCGG